AUGUCGUCCGCAGUUUGUAAACUCCGUAGAGGAGAGGAGAUGACCACCGAACCCCGAGUCCGCUUCUACCGCCCCUGGACCGAACCACAAGACCAAAGGAGCAAAGGAGCCUGUGAUCUUCUUCAGCAUCAUCAACAUCAUCAGCAGCAGCAGAAGUUCUCCUUGCGUUCCAGCUGGUACCUAAGCCGUAGACCACGCACUGCCUUCACGCACACACAGGUGUGUGUGUUGGAGACAGUGUUCCAGGUGAACUGCUACCCAGGCAUCCAGGUGAGGGAGGAGCUAGCUGGGAGGCUCCAGCUUGACGAAGAUCGCAUCCAGAUCUGGUUCCAGAACCGUCGAGCUAAACUGCAGCGCUCCGUCCGGGAGAACGACCUCCAGGCGACCCUCGCAAGCCUCAGGGUCACCAGCCGGGACGGAGGUCAGGCCAGAUGUAAACAGGAAGUCCAGGCUCACCUGGAUCUCAAAGGAGAGGAGCAGGUUUCAAGCUUUGCCAAGAAAUAACCCAUCCUUGAGGUCCGGACCCCAUCUGGAGGUCAGGACCGCACCUGGGGGUCAUGACCCCACACGGAGGUCAGGACUCAGCCAGAGGCCAGGACGCCAUCUGGAGGUCAGGACCGCACCUGGGGGUCAUGACCCCACAUGGAGGUCAGGACUCAGGUCAGGACUCAGCCAGAGGUCAGGACCCCAUCUGGAGGUCAGGAUCCCACCUGGGGGUCAUGACCCCACAUGGAGGUCAGGACUCAACCAGAGGCCAGGACACCAUCUGGAGGUCAGGACCGCAUCUGGGGGUCAUGACCCCACACGGAGGUCAGGACUCAGGUUAGGACUCAGCCAGAGGUCAGGACCCCAUCUGGAGGUCAGGACCGCACCUGGGGGUCAUGACCCCACACGGAGGUCAGGACUCAACCAGAGGCCAGGACGCCAUCUGGCGGUCAGGACAGACGCUGGAGGACGCAGCUCAUCCAAUGACCAUUACACUGAUCACAUGUAGAAGGUUGGGAUUGGUCACAUCAUCAACAGUUAAAAAUUUGUUUGCUGCCUUUGAUGUACCUUGAGCACGAUCUCCAUUAUUGUCAAUGUAUAAACCACCACAGCUGUACCAGUAUACACCACUGUCAUGAUCCCAAUCCCCCCUGCACAUGUGUUUGCUGUUUUGUGGUUCAACCGUAUGAUCAUAGGGUGACGGCACGUCUUACAGGCUUUGGGUGCUGGGACUGCUGAAGCAGUUCAGCUGGCCAUACUUCAUAAUGAUACUGCUGCUGGUCUAAGCUGGAGAGAUCAAGGAAAACGGAUUUGGAAUGCAGCCGAGCUGCAUGCAGCCAAAUGUGAUCUUCCUUCUCUGUCCUCCUCUCUGCCCCUAUCACAUC